UUACGGAUUCGGAUUGGAUGUCGGCUGUUGUUUUUGCGACGAAAUUAAUUUAAUAUCACGGUUUAGAUAAUGGAUUUUACGGAGCAGUGGAGUGAUACUUGUUCUAGAGUCGGACAUGCGGCUCGAAUAGGAAACAGAGACAGUCUUCUUAAGCUGAUAAACCUGGAGAAACCUGUUGAUGUCAGUGAUAACCGUGGUUGGAAACCGUUACAUGAAGCGGCCGCUUUGGGUCCAUCUCUUGAGUGUUUGGAAGCACUUUUGAAACAUAAGGACACCAACAUCAAUUGGAAGACACAUGAAGGUGAAACUGCACUUCUAUUGGCUUGUAAAAGAAGACGUGGCACAGAUGCUUCUGGUGUUGUGUCUAUGCUCUUGAAGUAUGGUGCCGAUCCUAAUAUUGUUGACAAUGAAGAAGAAAGUCCUCUUUUGGCAGCCCUGCGCAAUGAUUCCAGGGAAGUUGUUGAACUUUUGCUCGAUGCUGAUGCAAAUGUAAAUGCCACAGACUGCAGUAUGUGGUCCCCUCUCCACGAGGCAGCUAACCGCAAGGAUGCUAAUUUAGUGUGCAGUUUGUUGAGUCAUGGUGCCCAAAUUGACGUUCAGGAUGAGUGUGGUAUGACUCCUAUCUUCACAGCUGCACAAUACGGAAGAGAAAACUGUCUGAGAGAGCUCUUGAAGGCCGCUAAAGAAAAAGGUCAGGAAGAUGUUGUCAACAUUGGUGCAGAAGAUUGGGCCACUCCCCUGAUGAUUGCUGCUCAGCAAGGCUUUGCGGACUGUGUCGCACUUUUGACGGAGUAUGGGGCCAAUCCGGAUUUAAAGACUUCCGAUCAUGCAACUGCUCUCCACAUGGCUGUGCAAGGAAAUCAUAAACUGUGCUUGGAUAUUUUGUUAUCAAAGAUGGAUGUGAAUGCACUUAUCUCCUAUUUCCACCCUUCUACUCCUCGCACUUGGGUUCAUUCUGACAUGAUCUGUCCUCUGCACUUAGCUGUUGAAUGGGAGAGAUAGAUUUGAAUUGUUAACUAGAGGACCCGACAGACGUUGUUCUGUUCAAACUUUGUAAAUUGAAAGUUUAAAAAUUUCAAUAAACUAUUAAGUGUUU